AUGAGCGGUGGCCCCCAGCUGCAGCUGGCGGUCCUCUGGCCUUGGCUGCUGAUGGCUUCUCUGCAGGCAGGGCUCGGCCGCACCGGGCCGGCGCUGGCGGCGGCCGUCGAGUCGGAGCGGGCGGCGGUGCAGAAGGCCAUCAUCAGGGUGAUCCCGCUGAAGGUGGAGCCCAUCGUGCUGGAGGGGGAGUUUGCCAGCGUGGCCGAGGUCACUCCCGCCGAGGGAAAGCUGCUCCAGGAACUUCUGUCUCAAGCUUCCUUUGCUUCUGUCCCACAGUCCCACCCGCUGUCCCUGUGCAACACCAGUGAGGAUGAACACACAGAGUCAGGAUUCAUCACCAUUGUCAAGCUCGAGCAGCCGGAUCGGGAUCCCAACCCGUGCCUGUCGCUGGCUAACAAGGCAAAGCUGGCAGGGGAGCGUGGAGCUCGUGCAAUCCUUUUUGACAUUACCGAUGAUGAAAGUGCUGCCGAUCAGCUGAGAAAGCCCAGAGGUCUGAGUCAACCCGUGGUGCUGAUCAGGGGCCACGACGCUGAGCUGCUCAUGGGAGUCGUGAACAAGAACAGAGAGGCUCAUGUGAAGAUAGAGGUCAAGGAGCCACCAGCUUGGCCUGACUAUGACGUGUGGAUCCUUCUCACUGUGGUCAGCACUGUUGUCGUCAUCAUUUUGAUUUUUGUCGUCCGCACAAAGUGCCAGCUGAACAGGACACAGCCUCCUUUCUCCUGGCAGGACUCGGUACAGCAGCAGACCAUGCAGGCCAUCAGGCAGCUGGCCACACGCAAGUACCAGGCCAGGUGCCGGCAGGCGUCGCGGUGGGACUCGGCCAGCAGCUGCAGCUCAGCCCCGGUCUGUGCUAUUUGCUUGGAGGAGUUCACUGAGGGCCAGGAACUGCGGAUCAUCUCAUGCUCCCACGAGUUUCAUCGGGAGUGUGUUGACCCCUGGCUGCAGCAACACCACACGUGUCCACUUUGCAUGUUCAAUAUUCUUGCCCGAGACUCGGUGGAUCAGGCCACAGUGGCAGGCUCCAGGCUGGCUCCUCGGGACAUGGAGCCCGGACGACGGCUGCACCUUUUCCGCCAGCACCCAGGACAUUCCCUUUACCACCUUCCACAUCCGUAUCCUCAGAGGAAUCUCAGGAGCUUCCCCUCAGAGCCAGCCCACAGCAACCCCUUCUUCCACUCUCCAGAGCUCUCCCAACUGGAUUUUGGAACAAUCCACUACAUGCCAUACAGGCCAGCCAGCUCCCUGCCCGCCUGCGGACACACGUCCCCCCUGGCCUCCGGUUUGCGGGGCCAGCAGCACCCCAGCCCUCCGGCGUGUGGGCAGCCCCCCCACAGGACGUGUUCCCUGCAGCCCACACCGCCCUGCCUGGGGCUGACGGCAGCCCUGGCACAGCGGCAGCACCGGGCGCCCAUCCCACGCCGGGGGGUCAGCCACGGGCACCAGCACAACAGCAGUGGCUCCGGGGAGAGCUAUCUCACGGAGCACAGCGGAUACCUGGCGGACGGUCCAGGCAGCGACUCCAGCUCGGGGCCCUGCCAUGGUUCUUCCAGCGACUCCAUGUUGAACUGCACAGACAUCAGCCUGCAGGGCAUCCAUGGCAGCUGCUCCACUUUCCGCAGCUCCCUCAGCAGUGACUACGACCCCUUUGUGUACUGCAGCUCAGAUGGGCCCACUGUGGACAAUGGGCCGGAGCGGCAGCGGACGCUGAGGGAGACACGACCCAGGUCCUUGGACCUGAUGGUGCCCGGCAGUGCCGCUCCAGCCAAGGCCCAGGUGCUCAGCCACAUCCACUACCACCACCACCAGCACCACCACUACAGAAGGGAUGUGGAAUGCACACCUGGCCAGGAUGGCUCGGGCCCUGGGCAGCGCAAGUCCCGAUACUCUGGGGCUAAGGUUGGUUUUCACAGUGCUCGGACGCAAAAGAGGGUUGAGAAGAGCCAUCACUGUCAGCAGCCUCUGGAAAGCAGGACAGAGUUGCAGGAGGCUCCUCCGGUGGGACAGCCAGCCUGUCCCCAGCAAGGUUGGGAACCCCCGCAUGCCCCCUCCACUUCUCCCAACAGGUUGGACUUCGGUGUAGAUGCCAACAGACAGUCGGGAGCAGCGGGCACGUCCCUUGUGCUGCUGCCCCAGAGACACAGCUUACAGAGUCGACAUCACCGAAGGAAAAGAAAGUGUCCCCUGGAGCUUGACCCCGCUCUCCUGCCCGAGGAUUCGGCCUUGCCCAAAGCCUGUGAUGCUCACAUUUCUCAUGGCCACACUGCUGGCCACCGCUGCUCGCCUGAGGUCCAACCCCUGAUCCCAAGCUCUCCUAUGCCCUGCAGCACAGGCUCCCGGCCGCUGUGGAAGUGUUUGGUGCCACAAUCCAGCUCAGAGCUGAAAAAGCAGGAGGAGGGGAUGUCAGGACGGGAGGGAAACCGCGCAGUUCCUGCUGGUUUCUCAGGAACAGGCACCCCAAGGCACAGUCUCCACCUGCACUGCCCAGCUCAGCAGUGUAGGCAGGGUGAGUCUAGUCUGGGUUUUCUCUUUCGGCAAGCAGAUGGUGAGAGUGGGUUGCUGCAGGUGAGGUGGGAAGGUGCUCCAGCUGCCUGUAGGCUUUCCUAUAGGACUGCUGGUGACAGAGGUGUGCUGGAUCUCGCCCAUCCUCAGGUGAUGGCUGGAACGAUUGGCACCUGAGUGCACCAAACCCCACUAUCUCAUCCUAAAAUAAUUCCAGCAGCUCUGUAGGA